UAAAAGGGCUGUGUAGAUAAAAUGUGAUAAAAAUAAAUGUUUUUACAUUACAAACUACUGAACGCGGCUGAAAAAAAUUCCUUGUUUUAAAGUGUGCUUCCUGUCAAUUUUUAAUUCAUAUUGUAAUUCAUAUUCAUAAAUGACAUCAAACAAAAUUAUGUUGCUGGAUUUCAUUCAAAAGCAGCUAUAUGACUACCAGAAUGAGUGGCGGAUCCAGCGAAACCGACUGGUAACCAAAGACGGCCACUGUAACAUUGGAUAUGCCAAUGUGAGAUACAGUAGCUGGCUGUCCUACAUGCUGGACCUCUGGACCACCUUAGUAGAGAUCCGCUGGACUUUUCUCAUCUUCUAUUUCAUAGCCUCUUUCCUUCUCAGCUGGUUUAUAAUUGGACUUAUCUGGUACUGGGCAGCCUAUGCAAAUGGUGACCUGACGUGGCAAAACCCAUCAGUUAACCACAGUUACUGUGUAAUUAAUGUCUAUGGCCUCACCUCUGCCUUUCUCUUUUCCUUGGAGACACAGACAUUCAUUGCGUAUGGUUGGAGAGUUGUCACCACGUACUGCAAUAGUGGUGUUACAAUCUAUGUUUUCCAGGUUGUCCUUGGUGCAGUCAUUACCUCCUUUUGGGGUGGAGUGGUGACAGCUAAAAUCGCUCUGCCCAAGAGAAGAGCCAAAGCCAUCAUGUUUAGUGAGAUGGCUGUUAUCUGCAGUAGACAGGAAGCUCUCUGUCUGAAGAUACGCGUGGCCAACCUUCGCAAGUCAGUGAUGAUUGGAACCCAGAUCUAUGGUAAGAUGAUCAAGACAACAAUCACACCAGAAGGGGAAACGAUCAUCAUGGACCAAGUUAACAUUGACUUCAGUGUGGAAACUGGAAAAGACAAUCCAUUCUUCAUCUGUCCAUUGACCUUGUACCAUGUGAUUGACAAGACAAGUCCAUUGUUCCACAUGGCAGUGGACACCCUGCCCCAGCAGGAUUUUGAGCUGGUAGUGUUUCUGAACACUGUUGCUGAGGCAACCAGCUUCUCCUGCCAGGUCAGGACGUCCUACGUCCCUAAGGAGAUCAUGUGGGGCUACCAGUUCCUCCCCAUCAUCUCCCAGAGCAAACAGGGCAAAUAUCGUGUGGACUUCUCUAAUUUUUCCAGGGUAGUGCCCACAGUUACCCCACACUGUGCCUCCUGCUUCCAUGACAACAAAGCCCACCGUAAAAACUCUAGAGGUGGCACUGUCAAUGAGGGUUUUGAGAUGGCAGAAAUCAGUGAUCUAUAGGGAUGGAAAAUGUUUUCUAGUAGUAGCUUGAAUAUGUACUGAUACCUUGUUUAAUUUUUUGUCAGUGUAACUUCAUCUCUGCCUUUGCUGAAAAAGUAUAUGAAGGUUUAAAAGUGAAAAUUAAAUGUAAUUAAUUAACUCCUACAGAUAUAUGCUUGCUGUAAAGAAUCAGAAUAAUUUAAUGUAUUAUCCUACAUCAUCAUUAGGCUUGAUCUAAUAUUGUUUGGAAAUCUACAGUCACACCCUUUU